UAAAGACACUAUCAUUGGCGUUUCAACUCUGGACGACAUACGGUAGAAUUUUGAAUACGGAUUAAAAACCCAAUAGAACAAAAAUUAUAUAUAUACAGAAGAUAUAGUGCAAAAGAAAAGAAUAUAUUCAAUAAAAAAAAGUGUCAUCAACUUUGUAAAAUUAUCAGUCAAUAGUUUUAACAAAAAUCUGCAUACAAAGUGUAAAAAUUCAUAAAAUAUAUCUACAUAUAUCGGAAUAUAUAUACAAUACAACCCAGCAAAUACCACAAAAAAAAUCGGUAAAAAUGUUUUUGCAACACAGUUGAUUACGCGACUGCUACUACAAACCAACCAACAAACCAAUAACAACCAUUAUUUAUUAAUAAUUAUAAUUGUUAUACGAAUAUUAAUUAAAUAAUAAAGUUAAACAUAGACUAAAUUAACUAACAACCUUCCAACUCACUCAAACACACGGCCUACACCAGCAAGAAGUCGUAGUAGGAGAAGACGUUAAAAAAAUACUUUGCUGUUAUAACAGAAAAAAGAACACACACAAACAUAAAAAAUCCUUACAAAUAAAUUAAUAAUAAACUAUUAUAACCUAAAAACAACUAACACAGAUUUAUAUAUAUAAAUACAAAAAUGGCCGAUAAAAAGAAUGAAUAUUAUUCGCCACCACCUAAAAUGGGCAAAUGGCAGGGCUUCAAAACAUUUCUGUGGAACAGUGAAACUAGUCAAUGUCUGGGUCGAACUGGUGGCAGUUGGGCAAAAAUUCUGAUAUUUUAUGUAAUAUUUUAUGCGGCACUAACUGGAUUCUUUGCUGCCAUUUUUGCUGUAUUUUAUCAAACAUUGGAAUAUGGUAAACCUAAAUGGACAUUAGGCGAUGGUUUAAUCGGGACAAAUCCAGGUCUUGGUUUUCGACCAAUGCCUCCAGAGGUGAAUGUUGAAAGUACCUUAGUCUGGUAUGAAUCAAAUAAACAGGAUAAUUUCCAAUAUUGGGUAGAUGAAACUUCUAAUUUCUUAAAAGCCUAUGAAGAAUUACCCAAAAGUAAUCAAGUAAACUGCUCAUUUGAAAAUCCACCUCCUGAAGGCAAAGUAUGCGGCAUCGAUCGUACCCAAUUUGCUCCCUGCACAGUGGAAAAUCACUUUGGCUACAAUCUGGCCAGACCCUGCGUAUUCCUCAAAUUGAAUAAGAUUUAUAAUUGGGUUCCUCAAAUCUACAACGAUUCAAAGAAUUUGCCUGAUGAAAUGCCAAAUGAGUUGAAACGACACAUCACAGAAAAACACAGCUUGAGACCAAAUGAGACUAAUGUUGUUUGGAUCUCUUGCGAAGGUGAAAAUCCCGCUGAUGUUGAAAAUAUCAAAGCCCGUGACUAUUAUCCACGUAUGGGUUUCCCAGCCUACUUUUUCCCCUUCAAAAAUAUUGACGGUUAUAUACCACCUAUUGUAGCUGUGCAAUUUACCGUUGAAACUGGUGUCUUAAUUAACAUUGAAUGCAAAGCUUGGGCUCGUAACAUCCAUCAUGAUCGUUCAGAAAGGAGAGGAUCCGUCCACUUCGAGUUGAUGGUUGAUUAAGAUCAAUCUUCUGAAGUAUUAGAAAAACAGCAGCAGCAGCAACAAAAGCAGCAGCAGCAAAGCCAACAACAAACAACAACACAACAGCAUCAAGAGCAAGAACAGCAGCCACAACAACAACAGCAACAGAACAACAGUGAACUAAUAAAUAAUAAAAAUACUACAUCAACAACAACAGCAGCAGCAUCAGCAGCAACAACAACAAAUAAGGAAAGUUUUAAAACAAAAAAUUAGCAAGAUAUAAAAACACAGCAAAACUUAAAACUGUAAGAAAAAAAAUUCUAAACCAAAAACUUAAAUAAACAAAAAAAAAAUAAACGCAAGGCAUUAUUAUUUCAAUACCAAAAAAUAAAUAAUGCAACGAAAUAUUUAAAAAAAGAAAAUUACAGCAAAAACCAAAGAUGCAAAAUAAAACUAAAAGAAAAAUUAUAAAAAAACCAAAAAAAAAAAAUAUAUAUAAAAAUAGUAAAAAAACAGAAUUAGAAAAUAAAACUUAGUUUUUGGAGACAACAACAACAACACUAAUGAAUAAUUUUUCAAACAUUUAACAACAAAAUUAAACGGUUUUUAUUGAUUUUUUUUUAUUUUGAACACCAGCAUAAAAAGAAACCAUUCUGUUAAAAAAUAAACAAAAAUAUUGGCUGAAUUUUAAAACCACUGUUAAAAGACAUAAAAUACAUUUUGCUUUUUUGAAAUUUGUUUAAUUAUUUUAAUUUUUUCUUUACAAUUUUAAGUUUUUGUAAAGAGAAAAUAUAAAAAAAAAACAGAAAUAAUGAUGAUAUCGAAAAUCAGCACAGCGAAAAAUGAUUUAAAACAAAAUUUACUAACUGUGUACUUAAAACAAACAAAAUAAUAAUAAUUUAUAAACAAAAAUUAUUUAAAAAAAAAAAUUGGUAUUAAAAACAACAAAACACACACACACAUUUAACAGAACAGAACAGAUCUAUACCUACUCCCUCUCUCUAUCUCUCUCUAAAGCUCUCUGUUAUUGACAAAAACAACUUUUUGAAAAUAUUAUUAAUGAAAAAAAAAAUUCCCACUUGAUUAUUAAACACAUAUUUUUCAACACGACAACAAAACCAAUGAAGGAAAUCAAUGCUGUUUAGUAAAUAUUUUAUUGAAAAAAAAGAAAAAUUAUAAAAAAAACCAAUUACCAGAUUUAUUUGUUUAAAUUUGUUAUAAAUUUAAGCAAACCCCCAUUUAAAUAAAAAACUAAUUACUUAAUAAAACAAAAAAAUUUAUAAAAUAUUGUAGAUUUUUAAAUAUUUAAAGCAUUAUUUAGGAAAUUUUCAAGUAAAUAAUAUAAUAAAAAAAAAACAAAAACCAAGCUAAGGAGUCUAGAGAAUAAUGCUAUGAAAAAAACAAAAACAAAAUAAAAGCAAAACUAAUCCUCUUUACUUAAAAAAAUUAAAACAAAAAAAAAUAUUUAAAAAUAAAAUAAAAAACAUAAAAUAAGUAAGAAAAAUAUACAGAAAUUAAGUAAAGAAAACUAAAAACAAAAAAAAUAACAGAGACAAAUAUACACACACACAACUUAAAAAAGCAGAAGAGAAAAAUAAACCGUUUAAUAUAUUCAAAUUCCAUCAUUGUUUUGUUUUUUUUUUAAGAAAUUAAUUAUUUAUAUGAAACACUCUGUUCAUUUUUUCCUUGUGUACAACAAAAAAACUGCAACUCUGCUUGACAAGCUUCGUUUACACACGAAUGAAAACAAAAACAAAUACAAAAUUAAAAUGAAAGAAACAAAGAAAAUAUAAACACCCACCACUACACAUAACUGUAACUUUUUGAAAGAGUAUAUUUUUGUCGCCAUUUUAUUUUUCUAUCCUUUACUUUCCCUUCUCUUUACUCUACUCUACUCUCUAUUCUAUUGUGUUUGUUUAAUUUGUUUUUUUAUUUUUUUAAUUAUUAUUAUUGUUGUUACACCAUUUUAUAUACUCCCCCGUUUCCCUCCAUUAACCUUUAGUGUAUUAAAUGAACAAAACUUAAUUAGUAUAAAUAUGAUGAAUAUUAUAAAAAUAAAAUGAAAUGAAACUGCUAAACAAAACCAAGUAUUAUUAAUAAAAUUAAAACAAUAACAACAAUAAACCAACAAACAAACAAACAACAACAUUGUAUUGUCAUUUUUAGAAAUAUUUAUAUUAAAACACACACAAACACACUGCUCUAAUUUUUAUAAAACAUUUUUAAGGGAUUUCAUUAAAAUUUCUUUGAAUUUUGAAAAAAUUUUCAAACAAAACUUUAACUUAAAGUAAAUAUGGAAUGUUUCAUUAGAGAUUUAGAGAUUUGAAAAGCAAUUUUAUUGAAAACUUUUCUUUUAUUGAAAAAAUUAUUGCGGUAAUUAAUUGCUCACUUUCAUGAUUUAAUUUUGAAGCCUUGUUUUUAAUAAAGUAAUAAACUUGUUCAUAAUUUAAUCAUAAUAUAUUUAAUUCUAUUACGAUUUAACAACUAUUUGUAAUCUGUAUCUCGUUUCUAUAAUUAAUAAAAAAAUUUAAAAUUGUUUCAAUAAAUUUGUUCAAGGCAUUACAGCAAACAACCUUGGAAACAAGGGACGUAUUAUAAAUAUUCAGCUUUUUACUUCUUGGUUAUCAUAAUGGGAUCAGUUUUGAAUGAAUCCAAGUGAGCCUAAUCACUUGACAACUAACAACAAACUUGUAGAAUUUUUAAAAUUUUUUUCGAUCCGAAAACUUCUCACAACUUAUAGAAACGGGGUUUUCUUAUAUUUUCCAUAAUUUUCUUCUUAGGUUUCCGAUAAACUUAUUUAGGUUCUCAUAAAGUUAGAUUUUUUAAAAAAAAUAAACAACCUUUGUAUGAAACAAAUGGUUUUGAUACUCUUAAAAAUUUGAAAAUCUUUAAAUAAACUCUUUUUUUUUCAAUAAAACUUAUUCAAAGCUAAAAAUUUAUUUUUUCUUUGACAUUAACCCCUGUCACAGAAUUCCAUUCCGAUCGAAAGUAGAAUUAAUUCCGCAUUUAGCUUCUUCAGAAAAAGUAAAACGAGAAUUUCAUUCGGCAUGAAACCAAUAUCAGUUUGGUAACUAGAAUUGAUACUGGUUUGUAAUUAUUUUUUAUUCUCUAAUUUGUUAAUAAAUUCAAAUCCGAAAAUCGAAAUUAUUAGUCCUCUGAUUCAGAAAUGCGAAUGGAAAACAAUUUUUAAAUUUGAAAUUAUGAAAAACACUCAGAAUUUAUUUGAAAACUGAGUAAAUUUCAUACAAAAUUUUAAAAUAAAUUUUUGAAUCAGGCCCUAAAUCUUUUGCAAAUUAACAAAAUCAAAUGGUAACUGAAGAAGCUAAAACAAACUCGAUCGGAAUAAUAACUAAGGAAUUGAAAUCAUUCUGAAGGAAAUGUGUGACAGCCCCAAAUAUUCAAGCACUUGAACAGUUUGUUGGAGUUUGUGUUGAAUGCAAAUAUAAUUAAGUUUUUAAGUUGAAGAAUAUUUUUCAAAAAUUCAAGCACUUGAAUAUUUUGUUGGAAUAUAAGUUUUAUAAAACUAUAAUUCAAUAGCUUGACUAUAACUCAAGGCUUGAAUUACACUUGCUUUCAACUUGAAUUCCAGUAAAAAUUCUUAUUUGGGAGGCCUGAUAAUGUUAGCCUCAAAAAUGCAAGCACUUGAACAUUUUUUUGGAAUUUGUGUUGGAUUAAAAAAAUAUUUGAAAAAUUUAAAUAUUUUUCAAACAAAAAUUAUAAGACUUGAAUAUAUGUUUCCCUUUUUACUGGAGAAUUAAUGCUAUUGAUAUAAAGUGUUAUAAAACUAUAAUUCAGUUGCUUGCCUAUAAUUUAAGGCUUGAAUUACACUUGCUUUCAACUUGAAUUCCAGUAAAAAUGUUUAUUAUGAGGCCUUUUUACUUAAACAUUUCCUUUAGGCUUAAAGUUGAUCCCACUGGUUUUGUUAAAGUCACAUAAAUGGGAUAUAUUGUCCCAUUGGUCAUGUAUGGUUAAUAAUUUACAGGAUGAAUAGAAAAAAUCUAAUAUUCUGAAAAAGACGAAAUCUUCUUAAUUAUAAAUACCAGCAGCGACUCUGAUCUUUGUGAUUUUAGUGCUUCUGAUUCCGAAUAUAUUCCUGAUUUCGAGGAUAAAAUAGAUGGGCUUUCGAGCGAAUCUGUUGAAUCCAAUCAAAAAUCCAAUCUUCCAGUAGUAUGGGGAGAACCAUCGGACUUAUUUUGCUCUCGAUUUUACAUAACUCAAGAUAUUGAGCCUAUUCUAUUACAUGAAAUUCUACUGAGCUCCAAGUCAUUAAAUUUUUAUUUCCAGAAUCGUUAUUAUCUUCUUAAUUAUUAGAAGUUUCUUCAAAUAAAUUUGUUUAUUUUAUGCAGGUUCUAUUCAUUUAAGAUAUUUUUUAAAUUGUUUAUAUUUUAUUGAGAACAAAAUUUAAUAGCUGGUUUAUAUUUCUGAAUGAGCCUAUUUUCAGAUUCAAUAUUUGUAAACUUUUUUACUUUAAACCAGUUUACUUUAAUGAAGGUUUUUUCAUUAAAAAUAUUUGAAAUAUUUAAAAAACAAUGAUAAACUUUUAAAAAUUUGAAACAAAAAGCAAGUAUUUAAUAACUAAAUAUCUAGAGUUCCAAAAUUAUCAAACUAAAACAAUAAAUAUCUAAUUAAUGAUAUUUCGGGUAUUAAACAAAACUUAUACUAUAUAAGAGAUUAAACAAAUAUUGAAAUUUAAACUUGUAUAACUUAUAUACCUGGGACCCACCAACAACAACUGCAAUAGCUCGUAUUUUAAAAAAUAUAAAUUCUUUUCAAACUCAAACAUUUCCAAGACAUUUCAAUAUAUUCCAACACAUUUUGUGAAGAAAAUUAAAAAUAAAAAAAAUAAAAAUAAUGUUGUGUUGCUGUAAAAAGCAGAAUUACUGAAAGUUAAUAAAAAUGAAAGUAUUUAAACAUAAAAAUGGAAAUAUAUAUAUAUGUAUAUUCAAAUAACUGCCAUUUUUUACACACAAAUAAAAUGUAUGUAAAAAUAAAUUUUUUUGAGUGUUAUGCAAAUAUAAAAAAUAUUAUAUAAAGUAAAACAAAAAAUUAAUUAAAACCAAAAUACAUAAAUACACAAAUGAACAAGACACGCGGAAACUUUCAAGUAAAAAUUAAAAGAAUAUAUUGUUUGGCUGCCAGCAGCAACACAGCUGAGAAUUUCAAUAAAUUUAUAAAACUUACACCCAAAAGUUAGGACAUGAAACCUCUUAAGGAAAAUUUUAAAUAUUAAUUUGUUUCAAACAUUCAGUUCAUUUAAAACUAACAACAAAUUAAAUUCUAAUUUCCACCAUCAAUAGAAAAUAUUUAGUUUUUCCCUCCACAAAAAAAAGCAGUGCUACAAAGUAAAAAAUAAAUUAAGAUUAAUUGAGAAAAACAACUUAAAUUUAAGCUAUAUUUAGGCUUUAAGAACACAACACAAUAUAACUGAAAUAAAAAUUAAGCAAACUUUUCACUACUUCUUAAACAAUUUCAUACAUUUUAAACAAAUUUCUUUCAAUAUUUUUCAAUUUUUUAACCUCUAAACUAAGAAAGUUUGCAAAAAUCAGCUAAAACUCCUCUUCAAAAAAACAAAACAAACUACAUUGUUCAUAUAUACAUAUAAAAAUUGCCCUUUUUGUCAGUGUGAAGCAUAAAUAUAAAAAAAAUUGUUUAAAUAAGCUAAAUAAAAGAAAACUUAAUAAUAAAUAAAAAAAACUUAAGUAAAACCACUUUGCUAAAACAAACUCCUCUCCCCCCCCAAAAAAAAAACAAAAAAUUCAUUAAGCUUCAAUGUAAAACUAUUUUAGUUUUUAAACAAAAAAACAAAAAUUUAAACUUAAAUUAAUAAAAACAAAACAAAAAUAUAUUAAAUAAAACAUUUAAAUUAGCAAAAAUGAAAAGAAAAAAACCCACAAAAAAUCAUAAUAAUUUAAAUUUAAAACUUUAGUAGUAAAAACAGAAAAAGAAAAUAAACAUUUAUUUUUCAAAAACCAAAAAGAUUAUAAAACAAUUUUGUUAAGUUUCCUCUUAAUUACCUACAUUUUCUUUUAGUAUUAAACAUAAAUAAAAAAACAAAACAAUAUUGCUUUAAUUUAGAUUUAAUAAUGAAAAUAAAAAAAAAACAAAUUUAACAUCAUUCAGUAAAAACAAAACAAAAUCAUGGUAUAUAUAAACAAAAAACAACAAACACUGCUUUUUGUAAAAUUUAAGUUUAAAUUUAAACAACAAAAAAAUAAAGAAAAAAGGUAAAAUUUAAAUAAUAUAUAUAAAAAAAAACAACCAUAACAUGAAGGUAAAGAACAACAACCAUUUAUUAAAGUAAAAUAAUACAAGAGAUAAACAAAGAAAAUAUAAUAAUAAUAAAUGAAGUAAAUCGUUUAAAUAAUAAACAAACAAAAAUUUUACUGAAUUCAAUAAAACAAAAAAAACCAAAAGUAAUAAUGUUGAUAUGGAAUUAAGUAAUUCCAAAUAAAAAACAAAAAAACAAAAA